CGGCCGCAGUGGCUGACGGGAGGCAGAGCACCGAACGAGGGCGUCGGCCAUUUUGUGGCUGUUUCCUGUGGGACGCGGUGGUGGCGGUUGGGUCGGAAGAGUGAGCAAUUUUCGCCUCGUUUUCCUUGUUUGUUUUCUUCACCCUUUUACUUUGCCGGCAGAGCGCAGUUAUGGGUCGCAAAAAGAAGAAGCAGCUGAAGCCGUGGUGCUGGUAUUGCAAUAGAGAUUUUGAUGAUGAGAAGAUCCUUAUCCAGCACCAAAAAGCAAAGCAUUUCAAAUGCCAUAUAUGUCAUAAGAAAUUGUACACGGGUCCUGGCUUAGCUAUUCAUUGCAUGCAGGUACAUAAAGAGACUAUAGAUGCUGUACCAAAUGCAAUACCUGGGAGAACAGACAUAGAGUUGGAAAUAUACGGUAUGGAGGGUAUUCCAGAAAAAGACAUGGAUGAAAGACGACGACUUCUUGAACAGAAAACCCAGGAGAGUCAAAAAAAGAAACAACAAGAUGACUCUGAUGAAUAUGAUGAUGAUGACUCUGCAGCUUCAACUUCAUUUCAACCACAACCUGUUCAGCCUCAGCAAGGUUAUAUUCCCCCAAUGGCACAGCCAGGACUGCCACCAGUCCCGGGAGCACCAGGAAUGCCUCCAGGCAUACCCCCGUUAAUGCCAGGUGUUCCUCCUCUGAUGCCAGGAAUGCCACCAGUUAUGCCAGGCAUGCCACCUGGAUUGCAUCAUCAGAGAAAAUACACCCAGUCAUUUUGCGGUGAAAACAUAAUGAUGCCAAUGGGUGGAAUGAUGCCACCUGGACCAGGAAUACCACCUCUGAUGCCUGGUAUGCCACCAGGUAUGCCCCCCCCUGUUCCACGUCCUGGAAUUCCUCCAAUGACUCAAGCACAGGCUGUGUCAGCACCAGGUAUUCUUAAUAGACCACCUGCACCAACAGCAACAGUUCCUGCUCCACAGCCUCCAGUUACUAAGCCUCUUUUCCCAAGCGCAGGACAGAUGGGGACACCUGUAACAAGCUCAAGUACAGCUUCAUCCAAUUCAGAAAGUCUGUCUGCAUCUUCUAAAGCUCUGUUUCCUAGCACAGCACAAGCUCAGGCAGCUGUCCAAGGACCUGUUGGUACAGAUUUCAAGCCCUUGAAUAGUACCCCUGCAACAACUACAGAACCCCCAAAGCCUACAUUCCCUGCUUAUACACAGUCUACAGCUUCUACCACUAGUACAACUAAUAGUACUGCAGCUAAACCAGCAGCUUCAAUAACAAGUAAGCCUGCUACACUUACAACAACCAGUGCAACCAGUAAGUUGAUCCAUCCAGAUGAGGAUAUAUCACUGGAAGAAAGACGGGCACAGUUACCUAAAUAUCAGCGUAAUCUUCCUCGACCUGGACAGCCUCCAAUUGGUAAUCCACCGGUUGGACCAAUUGGAGGUAUGAUGCCACCACAGCCAGGCAUCCCACAGCAACAAGGAAUGAGACCCCCAAUGCCACCUCAUGGUCAAUAUGGUGGUCAUCAUCAAGGCAUGCCAGGUUAUCUUCCUGGUGCCAUGCCUCCAUAUGGGCAGGGACCGCCAAUGGUGCCCCCUUACCAAGGUGGGCCUCCUCGACCGCCGAUGGGAAUGAGACCUCCUGUAAUGUCGCAAGGUGGCCGUUACUGAUCUUACUUCAUCCAAUCUAAUAGGUUUGGAGAUUAAACCUUUUCUCAACUUGUGCUGUUUAUAUAGCCAAGCUUCCGUCAAUAAGGCUUCAUUGUGACUAUAACAAACAUUAUCUUCCCACAUACCAGGAACUAUUGGACAUUUAUUUUACAUGGGAAAAAUUAUUUGGAAUAAUAAAGCAGGAACUUUUCCUGAAGUUGCAAUUUAUACUGUAUGGCUUCUUUUUCAUGUUUCAUCUAGGUUUUUAGAAGUGAAGUAUAGUAAAUUUGGUUCGUUAUAUUGUGAAGGCGCUGGAAAUACAUGAACAUACCACCUUAAUAAAGGCAAGUUCUGUAAGCUUACAUUGCUUUUUGUAAAGUUAUGCCUUCACAGCAUUUCAGAUGCUGUUGGACUUUUGUCCCCAACCUAGCUUGGUGAGGGCUGUAACUGUUUCCAAGUACCUGUACAUUGGAAGUCUGAAUGUGUAACAAUAUUUAAUGUAUUUAGAGUUCCUCAUGUUACAGGGUUUAAAAUAUCUGACCCACCAAGGUUAUGUGACUUUUCUGUACUGUUAAACUUCAUUGUAAUAAAAUGAAAGAAAAAUUUAUGCCUUUUUAUUCAUAACCCAGCUGUGGACCACUGCCUGAAAGGUUUGUACAGAUGCAUGCCACAGUAGAUGUCCACAAAUAAAAAUUCAGUUACCACUGCAGUUUUGAUAUAUCUUUGAAUUUGUGUUUGAACUGUAGGUUGUUACUUAUUUGCAUGUUUUAAACAGAACAGUGUGUAGAGAAUUGUAUGUUACUGCUUCAGUUGACAGAAAAACUUAAGAUUUAAGAUACAGGGGUCAUUCAUUACAUAACGGGUAUGAGAUCUUUAUGUGUGUUACCUUUCCACCUUCCUUGGUGUAAAUACAUGUUAGAUGUCAGACAUUUCAAAUGUAAACCAUAAUAUUCCCUCUUGCCUGUUGCUGAUGUUUAUGUUUAGAUGUUUAGAGCCUAGUGCCAGACCCAUUUAUUUUCUUGAUUUUCAAAACUGCAAUACUGCUUGGACCUCAGAAACUUUUCAGGUGCAAACUUCUAGAAGCUUAGGUGCAUGCAGUAACUUUUUUUUGCUGUUAAUGGCUUGGUAUAUAUUUUCUGUGUAAUGCCAAGAAUGUAAAUGUGUGUCUGUUAGGAUGCUUAAGAGAUGGCAUUUGCCAUUUUCAGUUUUAUGAUUUUCUUGGCGGUGACAUUACUUGAUCAUAUGGCUAACUACAAAGCCUUAUCCUUACAUAUAACCUUUUAAUUCUUGGGAAUUUGUCACUGUGUUCCUAUGGUGAACUUCUCUGAAGAAAUAACUGCUGUUCACUAUUUUAUGUUUCAAGUAUCUUUUUAUAGUUCUUUUGACUUUUUGGGGUCAUCUGGCUAAUUGAUUUUUUUGUGGGGUAAUUUUAUAAUUAAGUGAUCUAUACAAAGUAUAAUUAUUACUAUAAUGAAAUCAUUUUUUCUCAGUUAAAAGUAGGUUUUUGAGAAAGGGUUAAUAACAUUUCUUUGAAUGAAGGUAUAAAUGUAAGGCAUUUAAUCUGAAGUUUGUUUAAAAAUAAAAGAUUUAACCUUAAAAGAAAAUAAUAUUGAGAAAAUGUUUCAGUGAUCAUAAAUUUGUCUAUUUAAUUGACAAACAGAAGUCAUUUAUUUAAAGGAAACAUUGCAAAUAUGUCACCGCUAUUUUAAAUCCUGAUAAUUUGCUCCAAAUGGCUUUAUAGCUCUUGUGCUGUGUUACCAUUGAGGUCCAGAAAGUCAUAUAAUUUGUAAAGGCAAUAUCCAUGUUGUCACUAAUAGCCAGAUUCUGUACCCCUUUCCUCAUCAAAUACCUGGAUUUUUUUUCAUUAAUGUACACUUUGUGGAUUUGGCAGCAUAAGGUCAUAGUGCUAAAGGAAAAUUUGUGUUGAAGAUCUUUAAGGCAAAAAAUAUAUAGUGAUUAAAUAGAAGAUAAUCUUCCAAAGCUCAUGUUGCAAGCAUUUCAUGUAGAGGCUUUUUAACAAAUUACAAAUGAGUUAGUGUUCUAAGAGUGAUGCACAACUUUAUUUGCAUUAAAUACAGAGAAAAUCAGUAUUCUAUUUAGGUGUAUUUUGGGCUUGAAAAUAGACAUUAUGUCCAUUGUAAGUGUUACAUAGGGCACUUAUAAACUUAGACACAUCCUGUGUUGAUAGGUGUGUAACUCAGAUGAUGCCCAUUUGGUAAACAGUAUAAUUUGUGCAUGCAUCAGGGCAUAAUUAAGCUUCUAGAAAAUACUUUUUUACCUGACUGCUUCUGGGGUCCAUAGUGUGGUUAAGUCAUGAGUGGAACAAAUUAUAUUGAAAUGGUUAACUUUAACUUUCUUAAAUAGUAGAUGAAUUUGAGUUCUUCACAGAAGACAACUUUAAGGACUUGAUAUACUCAGGCAGGCAUUAUGAUUGCUGUAAUCAAGGAAGAUGUAAGGCUAAUGGGUUACCAGCUUUGGCUCUACUCCACUCCUGUGUAACUUCUUUUUUAGUGAAAAUGUGGCUAAAAUAUUUUGUCUGGCACUAGUUUCUAUUGUGUAUAUCGUACUGGGGACAAUAAGAAGGGCCAGCAAGUUUGAGUGGACUGCUGGGGUUAGUUAAUUUGAAUUGAGUACAUACUGUGGUCUGUCAGGAUUGGAGAAAGCACUCAGUAUAUUCGUGUUCUACUGAUAAGUUACCUCAUGAACUUAAAUUCAGCUUAAUUAAACUUAGCUGUUUGGGGGAAGACCCCCAAUAAAGAUGAAUAUGGGCUCAAAAUGGAAUUUCAUUGGACAGGAGUUUGUAAAAGCAGAGCUACUCUUUGUCCUUUGCUUGCUUGAUCAUGGGAAUUUUUUUUUUACUUUAAUGCAUGUCUAUUAAAUUAAUUGGGUAAUGUUUUUCUAAAAUUAAAAUUUUCUUCUUCCUAUAGCCCUGCCAUAGGACAGGCUGAGGCUGAGUCUCAGUGUUGCCCUGUUCAGUCUGAGGCAAGUGGGAUUUAUUUUAUUCCUUAUAGGGGCUUUCACAGCUUUAUGGCUGUUGGAUAUUUAUGUCCCCAAACUUGCAGCAAGUUUGGUGAAGGCCCCUAAAUUUAAUUAAAUUUAGGAUUUUUAUACUCUGGGCAGAGAAGGCUCUAUAUUAAUAUUUAUGUUUGACUGUGGUGUUAAUAAGCAUAAGGAAAGUAUCUCGUAGAUAUAAUUUUAUGUGAUUUAUUUUGUGUUGCAUAAUUAACAGCCUCAGUAAAGUUGGUAUUACAACAUUUACUUUUUGUGAAUUGACAAAAUUUGAUAUACUUGAUUUUGAGGCAUGAGAUGUUUCAAAUUUUCAACUUAACAUCUUUAGGAAAUUCUUAUUGGUUAUAUUCUCAUAAACAACUAAAUUUAACCUCAAGGAUCCUUAGGUUUAAUCUUUGGAAAUGCUACUGGAUAUUGAAAUGAUACUGCAUUCUUAAUUCCUAAGGUACAUUGCACAUUCAGAUUGAAAGGUCAUCUGGAAAUGCUUGUGAUUUUUAAUGUUUUCAGACGUCACCACAUAAGAGCUAAUGUUAAUGUAGAGCCCUGUGGACAGUGGGAAGAUGGUACUAUGUUUGUGGUAUGUAUGUAUAUACACUACACAUUUGACUUAAAAAGUAUAAUAAAAAGUUUGUUACAGACCUUCCUAUUACAUUACUGAUUUUAAAGAUAGCCAAACUGAAAUUGGAAUCAUUUGAUAAAGAUAGUAUAUUAAACUUACUUUGGAACAAUUUGAGAUUCAUUUUUUUGCCUUACUGAACAUAAUUUUGCAAUAUUCACAUGUGGAAAAUACUUAUUUCCAACAAAAAAUUUGCUUUUAUGAGAAAGGUGUGUGCGUGUGUAUGUGUGUGUGUGUUGUAGAGGGUAAAGGAUAAUGGGAGGAAGAUCAAAACAAGCCCGGAUUCUUUUUGUUCCUUCAUGUAUUUAAACCAUCCUAUCCAGAUAGCUUUUUUUUUUUCCUUAACAGUAAUAUUUAACUUAUAAGCUGGGAUUGUAUUUCUAUGUGGUUUUAAUUUUUGGAAACACAAUAUAUGCAUUAAGUGAAUUUUAGAUUUUUGCCUGUUAAUCCACUUAAUUAAAAGCAUGCUUUCUUCCACUGUAACUGAAUUUUAGGAUAAAAGAUACAAAAAAAAUUUUGUCACAGCAGAAGCAAUCUAUUAGAAUUAUCUAACAUCCUACUCAGUUAUACCAUUUUAAAACUCCAUAAUUUUCUGUUGCCCUUAUUAUUCCCCCAAUAUGUUGAAAUAAUUCAAGACUAAAGCUGCUUGUCCUGAUUGUAACAAUGGUAAAUUAAAGUCUUUAAAGUGACACUUGGUACUGAAGGCAGGUGGGUUAUCUCAGAGGUAGCAUUUGUUGAAAGUACUGAUGCCUAACUUGAGAUAGUUUCAUUGUUGUCUCUAUAGUUCUGUGACAUAGAAAAAGUUUAUUGUGGAAAUUAUAUAAUAUUCUAGUUUUAUUUUCUCCACUGGUAAAACAUAAAUCACCUCUUAAGUGAGAAAGUUGUUUUUUGAGUUAACUGAUACUUGUAUUGAUUAGGGAUAAAAAGAAAUGUGUACCCUAAAAUUUUGUGUAAAUCAGCUAUGUCCUUUUUUUCAAAGGUGAAGUAUUACCAAAUAACUUGGUAAAAUAUUAUGUUAACUUGGAAAUGGGUUUUUUAUGGGGAAGUUUCAGUUCUACGCUAAUAGAGCAGAUUUUUAUAACUAAACAUUUCCCCAAUUAGACCUGUGCCUCAUGACUUGAAAUUAGUGGAAGAUUUUAUAACAUAGAAAUGAUAUGGCACUUCUGUGUGAUGUUUCUGGACAAAAUAAACUCUUCAAUGAUGUGUCAUGUCAUACACAUAAUGGGUAUUCACAGUUCUGUAAUGAUGAAUUUCAGAAAUAUACAUUUACUAUCUCAGCACUUAGACAUUACCUAUUAUGGUGUAAUUAGAGUUCUUCAAUAAGGCUCAGAAGAGAAUUGCUUUUAUAAAGUAUUUUUCCUGCUCUGGGAUCUAUACAUUCUUGCAUAAUAAUUUGGCAAUAAAAGGAAGAGUUUUUCAUUCUGCCAACUCUAGGAAAAACUUAGAAAACAUACAUUAAUUUGAAUUCUUAAGAGUGACCUGCCUAAUUUUAAUUUGUUGGCCUAGUCUCAUGUAUUCUAAGGGGAACUUACUAAGCAGUAUGGAAAAGUCAUAUAAAGGCAAAUAGGCAAAUAUUGAUGAGCCAAAGGAAUACAUGGAAGCUUAAUUUGAACUGUAUUUGAACCAAAUUUUAAAUGACACUGGUUGGUUUAUGGGUAGGUUCUUUAGGAGUCAUGUAAAUCACCAGCUAUUUUGUGAGGCUUAAUUUUGGUUAUUACAUAUAAUAUACAUUGUCAGCAAAAUAUAAUUGAUUAGUUGGACUCCACCUGUUAAUUCCAAAUGCUGUGCUAAGAUAUAGUGCUCUGCUCAUAAAAAGAUAAGUCCUUUUUUCAGUUUUCCCAAUCCAGUUGUAUUCUCACUGUUUCCGGGGUUUUCUUUUUUUAUUUCACCAUUAUAGGUAAUGAAUUAUAUUUUCUUUCACCUUUAGUUAUAUUUUAAUAACUCAAUGGAAUUACGGAUAAACCAUUAUUACACAUGGAUAAAAUAGUGUUUAUUUGGAACAAACAUUUUUUAGUCUACUAAUAAAAUAAGGUUGCUUGACUACCCAAGUGGACAAGGAGUUUAAAGAUCCUCUAAGUUGAUUUAGAAUAGUUACGGGUAAAGCAGCCUCCCUUUUAGUUAUUAACUUGGUUAGUAUAUUUCCAGUAGAACUGCUUUCGAGCCCAUGUUUUUAUAAUUGGAAAUAUCUAAGAAAUUUAAAUUAAGACUUGAAAAUUGAAUUAAAAGCUAUUAAGAAUUGCUUGCAUCAGUGUGUCUACAUGUACAAAUACAGAAAUUAAAAUAGUUUGAGAGAUUUGCCCCGUUUUAGUGUAAAUAAAAUUUUAUGGAAGUAAUUCCUUUUCGAAGUGAGAUGUGUCCGAAAAACAGUGUUGCUAAAUCAUAAGAUCAGCUAAUGUAAUACUUUUAAGACAUAGGGAAAAAAAAUAAUGUAUUGUCAGGCUCUGAGGAAAUUUAAUGCACAUUGACUUUUUUAAACUAUGGAUUGAACUCCUCAGUUUAAUACAAUUUGUGUUUUUGUUAACUAGCAGCAGAAUUUCAGCAUUUGCUACUUACUGGUAGAGAAGAAAAAUCCCACAGCCCUGCCAGUACAGGUUAGUUUAAUCUGUAAGUACCUGAUGUUUGUAUUUUUUUCAAACAUAUCCAUAUAACCCACACAAGGAAGAAAGUAUGCAGUUACUUAAAUGUGAGUAUAAUAGAUUGAUUGGACACUUUCAGACUUUGAGUACUUGGACCAUACAUAGUAAUUUUAGGUUUGCUAAUCUCAGUUGUAAUACAGCUCCUUUAUAUUUGGUUGAGGUUGAAUCUAAACAGAUAUCUUUUACCUUAAAGGAGAAGACUGAAGAUUUCCAUUGGCUAUAUAUAUAUAUAUAUAUAUGCUCCUGAUGACAUUUAAAAUGGAGUACAAGCUUUUUGAGUCCAGGAUCUUUUAUUUAAGCCACUCCUUGGUGUGGUACUCCUGUUUACCUUCCAACUUUUACAGUAUGAAUCAACCUAAGAAAAGUCUAUUCACUGGUAUGCAACUAUAGGCUUAAAUGCUUUUAUGGACACCCCCCCUUUUUUUAAAUGUCAGUAAUUCUUUCUGUAAAUAAUAGUUUUUUAUUCUUUUGUAAACUAUCACCUACUCUGUUGGUGUACCACCACUAUAGAUUAUUACUUUCAAUUAAGAAUGACAAAACUGACCAUCGAGAAUAAAUAUUAUUGUUUUUUUUUUUUAAGGGGAUAUAGGCAGUAAUGGGUUGUAAAGAAUAAAUUACUGGCUUUACAGAGUUCAUUAUUAUGUUAAACCCACCCUUGGAAAGAUUUUUAAAA